UCUUCUGCUUUGGAGAAGGGUGCUCCAGUCCUGGGCCACUCUGGACUUCUGUUUUCUAUCAAUAAACAGACUUCACCACAGACACUGGGACCUGGGGCUCUCCUGUCGUCCCUGCCUCUGGAGUCAGAGCUGCAGCUGUGUGGUCUUGGGCAGGUCGCUCUGCCUUUCUGAGCCUCUGUCUUCCUAUCUUCUGAUGAAGAUGCUCACGGUGCCCCCUUGUCAGGAGUUACAGACGGAAAGAUGGGACUCAGGCACAGGUGGCUCAGCCUUGCCCCAAGUGUCGGGACUUGAUCUCGAUGGCCAGUUAGCCACUGUUCUUCCUGCAGGCGGGAGCACCACCGUGGUUCUGUCUCUGGCCGUGCACAAGGAGGCCCCACAGGCCCUUCUGUGCCACCUGGACGCACCAGGGAGCCGGCGCCAGCCUCAGCCUUGACCCUUGGCCACCAGCCAAGCAAAGUCAGCCAACCAGGCUGCUCACCGUGGCCACAGACGAGCCGGGCAGCCACAGUGGCGAGAGGUGCGGGGGCUGGGGCUGCCGUGGGCGUGUCCCCCCGCCCCCAGGCUGCGCGAUUUGUCUCCCAGCCUAGCUUGACUGCCUUCUCAGGAUGUUCCUGUGUUUAUGAAAGCGUGUUUAUUUCCAGAAGUGUUCUGGGCUGUGUGACCUCCAGCAUUAAUCACCAGCCACAGUCUUGCCGGAUCCCCGCAGGAUCCGAGCUCCUGACAGCCGCCCCCGUGGGCACGGGCCUGGGCAUUGUUCUCUGGGAGCUGGCAGCCCGUGCUCUGCCUUGAUUACCCCCCCGCCGCCCCCCGUCCUUCCCGUGGUGAACAACCCCCUAUUAUCCUGCCCAGAACCUCCUGUGACAUUUGCAGAGUCGGCCCUGGAGGCUGAGCCAGCCCCCGGGCCUGCUUCUCCACAAAGUCCCCAAGGGACCUGCUGGCCUUGGAGCAGGAGCAUGGGGGCAGGGCCUCGCUGCCCGCGGAGGGUUGGGGGCUGAUCUGGGGAGGCCCAGGGAGCUGACUGGACAAUGAGAGCGCAGAGCAGACCCCAGGAGUGCCCCCAGCCCAGACCUUCCUUCCCUGGGAGGUUUGGACGUGUUUGCUCGCCCCGUCCUUUCCUGUCUGCUUUCCAACACUGAGCUCGUCGCUCUGAGCCUGGAGGGCUGGUCAGGUCCUGGGGAUGGUAGAACGCAUGCACCCAGGGCAGGCUCCGGACAACUCGCCCCCGCGCCCAGAGCCACUGAAAGCUUCCGCACCGGCGGGGCAGGCAUGUUGGUCCUGCCUCACUGUGCUUCCCCUGGAAACCUCAGAAAAGGCCCCUGCCCUCUUCCUCCCCCUGCCUCCUGACUGACCCCGGCACACCCCAGGGUGGCCUGUGAGCAGCAGCGGCUCUGAGCGGCCUUGUCCCCUGGCCUCACUAUGGCGGGAUCAGGACUGCAUGGCCGCGGUCUGGCGACCGCCACCCUGCUGUCCCUUCACAAGGCGCCUGGCUCUCCUCUCUCCCUCACCCCAGGCUGGGACCCUCUCCAAAGCCUCAGUUAGGUCUCCCGCCUUGCAGGCCUAUUCUUUACCAGCUGAGCCAGCAGGGAAGCCCCAAAGGGUCACACUAGGGAGUCGAGUGUCUGGGCCAACCUCCGGUGGUCCUGUAACCCUCCAGGUGUGGUCUGGACGCAGAAAGCCUCUGAGGACAGCUGGCUUGGGAAUGCUGGCUUCCAGGCCGUCAGACAAUCUUCUUCGUGCAGGACUGCCCAGAGCCUUUAGCGUCCCGACCUGGCUGGGAGCCGCUGAGACUCGGAGCCCCCGUGUUCCUGCCGGCGGAGCGCCAGGCUUCCCGGGCGCUGAGAACUCUCUGGGCGUGGGGGAAGGCUCACGUUUCCCCGUGGGGGCCUCCCCCUCCUCCUCCCUGCCUUUUCUCCUCCAUCGUAGCCUUCCGACCUCACCCUGCAGCCCCUGCCCACACUUGCCCCUCCUCCGGCCCGGCUCCGUAGCCGUCCCCAGCCUCCCCACCUCUCUGGGUGCCCCCCUCAUUGACCAGCCUCCUGUGGUCAGCGUGGGGCGGCGGGGAGCAGCGGGUCACUGGACUGCGGGGAGGGGACUCAUGCCUGCUCCCCCGUCCCCAGGCCAGUUCCUCAGAGGCACCCUCCCAGGCCGCUUCGCCGGGCGGUCAGGGGCGCGACGUCGGGUCUGCCGACCUCCCUUGCUCCGAGGUGGCCUUUGGGUGCUGGGCAGGUGGGCCACAGUGGGCUGCUGGAGCCUGGCUGGGAGCGGCCAGCCCCUGCCUGGGAGCCGUCAGGAUGGAGCCGCAGCACCCGGCAGGCUGGCUGGUGCCCCCAAGGCUCGGCUGGGCCCUGUGCUGCUGGCGUCCGUGGCUGGGGUGCUCUGGGCCUCUUCCCUUGCCCUGGUGGCACAGAAGGCCCAGGGCUUCACUGCGUGAACCCGCCGGACCGUCCCGGUGGAACUGGCCUCCUGGAAUGAAGCCUUCCGGGCGGGGCCGGGACUGGCUCAGCCCAGGAGAGGCCAGAGACACCUGGGCUCCAACCCCAGCGUCCUCGCUGACCAUGUGUCCCUGGGGCUGCCGCUUCACCCCCCUGAGCUCCGGCCCCCUCAGCGAUGGGCACAGCAGGGACGGAGCCCAUGGGCAGGGGUGGGUGGGACGAGGGGCAGCCUGGGUGGGCUGGCUUGCUGACCUAGGUGAGGCCGCCACCGGGCCCCCAAGAGGACGAAGACCCUCGCCAGCUCUCAUCCCGACACG